AUGAGAAGAUGCUUAACAUCAUUAGUCAUCAGGGAAAUGCAAAUAAAAAACAAACUAGUAAUUAAAGUGGCUAAAAUUUUUAAAAACUGUAGCAAGUGUUGGUGUGACUGGAGCAACUGGAACUGUCACAUGUGGCUGGUGGGAAUGUAUAGAGAUACAGCCACUUUGGAAAAUAGUUUGGCAAUGUGUUACAUCGUGAAACAUAACAUCUGCCAUCUAGCCGUUCUACUCCUAGGCUUACUCAUGGCCAUACAGAGAGUGUUAUGCAGCUGUUCACAGCGUUAUUCAGAUGACUGGAUACAAACAGAUGAAUGGAUAAAUACAGUAUAUUUAUACUAUGGAAUACAUCACAGCCCCAAAAUACAUCACAUUCCUUUUUUAAAGGGAUGA